CUUUCCCUCUUUCUUCCAUCUUCUCGGGUUCCUGUGGUGCCAGCUUUCCUUGGGCUUUCUUUCCUUUCUUCUACCCUACCUCGACUUCACCCGGUGCUCAUUCUGCACAAGUGUUCACUGGUGCUGGUCGCCCCGCGUCCCGUCCUAAUUUCUCAACGCAAGCACUUCCUGUCCCCCCUCCCUCUCCGUCGCGUCACCAUGCAUCUCGCACUCUCCCCCGUCCCUGAGAUUGCCAUCUCGCUCGCGUCCCCCGAAGAGCCUUGCGAGGAGCCGUUCUCGCCUUUCUCCCAGUGUUCCUUCCUCAGCGACGAUCAAGACAGCUUCCGUCCUAUGCUGCUCUCCCCGCCGCCUCCGACGGUCAUCACUCCGAAGCAACUGUCUCCCCUGAGGCCCAAGGAUGCGCCUGUCACAGGAAAGGGCCUUGAGAGAGAAAGGUUUGAAGCCAUGCUCCAAGCCACUCGGGACAGGAAUGCGGCGCUGGGAAGUAAGAAGACCACUGAUCUCCGCAAGGAGAUUGCGCUCAAGGUUCACCGGAACAAGCAGGUCGAACGGCGUGCGCUGUUCUUGUCCAAAGUGCAAGCGCCACCUUCGCCUUCUGCCACCUUCACCCCCGUCACGCCCCCCGAGUCUCCUGCGGUCUUCCACUACAGCCUCCCUUCGCCUGGCCUCGAGUCGCCGUUGGAAGUGUUCGAGGCGCUCCAGCUCGGCCGACCUGUCACUCCUUCCUGCCAGCCUUGGGUUGAGCAGGUGGACUUCCGCCUUCCUGGGGAUGUGCACCCCAAGGCGCCCCUCCGGUCUGCUCCCGUCCACCUCUCAAUUAAAAGGAAAGCUCUCCCCUCGCUCGAUCAGAUCACGGCUCGCCUGAGCUCGAACGGCCAUGUUGCAGCGCAUGAGGCACCCUCGCGUCCCUCCAUGCGCCUCCCCUCGUUCUUGCGCACACCCGCGCGUGUAGAGCAGCCUACGAUCCGCAUCACGCCCGAGCCGAAGGCCCGACCUACGCUGCCCAGCGCGGUCGGUCGUCUGCGCUUCCCGACUCGUGCCGCCCCCGAGGCGGCGCCUGCAGUGAAGAUCGCCCAGCCCACGCCCUGCCUCCCGCCUGUCUCCCCGCGCUCGCCCCUGGCUCCGAAGCUGCAGGUCACGACCACGGUCGUGCCUCGUACCACUUCGGCGUCGCCGAUCGAGCUCACGGAGUCUAACUUGCUGGCCUUCACGGCCUCGCGCGAACGCACCGCGAACAACAUGCUCAGCCGGCUGCGUCGCCGCACGCUCCCCCCUCAGAUCGCGGUUCCCGCCCCGGGCGCAAUCGACCGCGAGGACGACGCGGAGCGCAAGGCCCGCAGGCACAGCGCGCCGCCCGAGCUGCCCCAGCGCGCGCGCAUCGACUUCGCACACCCGGUCCUGGCGAUGCCAGGCGCGUUCUGAGGCGUGUGCGACGGAUAUCCCCAUACCCGUCCCCGUCCCUGUCUCCGGUCCGGUCUGUGUCUCUGGCCCCCCACCCUAACGUAAAUGGUCUCGUCCCCGUGGACGGUUGGCAACGGAUACUGCUUGUAUUCUUAUUUCUCUCGGAACGCCUUGUGUCUCCCUAACUCCCCCUACUCCCCCGCGACGCACCCCUUCUGCCCAUUUUAGCCCUAGCCCUGGCCUUUUUAGACCGCUUUGUUUUCUUCCCCACUUCUUGUUUUUCGUUCCUGCCGUGCUGGUUCGGGAAUCCGCUUUCGGGGGUGUUGUACGAUGACGACGCUGGCGUACUCCGGGGCGGCGUGGGGAGCUCGCGGCCGGCCCCGGGCGGCCCACCCGCCCCCCCUGGCCCCCCGCGCACCAACUUGAAGCGAGUUGAACAACCGCGGCCCAGCUGCAGCGAGCCCAGCGACGCGCACAUGCACCUGCACACCACCGCAUCGCCAGCGGCCCCCGCACGCAGCCGCGCACCAAUUCCAUCAAACCCUGUCACACCGCCGUCUCGGAGCUGGUCUUCGCUGGCACUCCUCAUCCGUGCCCAUUGGCCCAACACCGCCCACACUCCUUGCCACCAUCGUAGCUACCGCGCCCCCGUUCAAUGUAUCUGCACCCUCCCAUUGACACUAUCACCGCAGUCUGCCCGGGAAGGCGACGGUGGCCGGGCUGUGCCCGCGCCUCGCGCCUCGCGCUCCGACCCCCUUACCUACACACAC